UUUUUUGGUCUAGAUAAUGGCAUGUUUGUGGCCAAGUCAACGACGGCUUUGUGGAAAGGUUGCUUCCUUCAUGUCCUAUUAGUAACAUAGACUUUAGUUUGAUCCAAAAUUGCCUUAUUACACUAACAAUUUCAUUCAAAAAUCAACACCAUGGGCUCUUCCGGUGAAUUUCGGGUAGAUUCUAACCCGGAUUACGAUCGCGAAAGUGAAGUAAAGGCUUUUGAUGAUACAAAAGCCGGUGUGAAGGGAAUAGUAGAUUCGGGUGUCACACAAAUCCCUCGUAUAUUCAUAGAUCAAAGCCUUAUCCUUGAGAAGAAUAACACCGAUUGUUCCGAUAAUCAGCUGGGUGUCCCGAUCAUAGACCUCCAAGGCAUCGGUGGAGACUCGGCUCGGCAUGCCGAGGUGAUUAACCAAGUUCGAAAUGCUUGUGCGGAUUGGGGUUUCUUUCAGGUAGUUCACCAUGGGAUUCCUGCAAGCGUUUUGGAUGAAAUGAUUGAUGGGAUCCGUCGGUUUCAUGAACAAGACACCGAGGUGAAGAAACAGUUCUAUACACGCGAUGCAACUCGCAAGGUGUUGUAUCUAAGCAACUAUGACUUGUAUAAAUCGAAAGCUGCUAAUUGGAGGGACAGUUUGGGUUGUAUCAUGUCUCCUGAUGAUCCAGCUCAUCCUGCAGAGUUGCCUCAAGUUUGCAGAGACAUAGUGAUGGAUUACUCCAAGCAAGUAUUGACAUUGGGGUUCACACUGUUUGAACUGCUGUCUGAGGCUCUUGGGCUCAACCCUGGUUGCCUUAAUGAUUUGGGUUGCGCCGACUUACUGUUUGUAAUGGGACAUUACUAUCCUCCAUGUCCUCAACCAGAACUAACAAUGGGAACCACCAAUCACAAAGACAGUAACAUCAUUACCAUUCUUCUGCAAGAUCAAAUGGGUGGCCUCCAAGUUCUUCAUCACAAUCAUUGGAUUGAUGUCCCUUGCAUACCUGGAGCUUUGAUAGUAAAUGUUGGAGAUCUUCUACAGCUUAUAUCAAACGACAAGUUCAAAAGCGUGAAUCACAGGGUGUUGGCGAAACGAGCAGGGCCUAGAAUAUCAGUGGCAUGUUUUCUGAGAAUGCAAGCGAAUAACAAAGGAAAUGAAUCGACACUUUAUGGACCAAUCAAGGAACUGUUGUCCGAAAACAAUCCUCCAAUCUACAGAGAAAUCUUGAUCAAGGACUAUCUGUCACAAUACUACUCGAAAGGGCUCAGCGGUAGCGGUUCGCUUUCACAUUUCAAGCUGUCUGAAAAUUAGUCUACGUAAGAUCAUUGCAGGCAAAACUUAAGAGUUGCAGAAGAGAUAAUAGUUCUUAAUUACUUUUUGAAUAAAUUAAAUUUGUAUACAUAUAUGAUGAACAAGUUAAGCACAAGUAUGUUCUGCCUUUGUCCCUGUCCUUACAUUGCUCUGUUUUUAAUCUUUAUGGAGAAAAAAUAGUGUAUAGUGAAGAGCAUGGGACCAAGCAGCUAUCACUGGUAUCAUCGUUUUCGACGUGGCUGAUUAAUAAAUAAAUUUCCAUCCUUUUCUGAAUCCUUUUUUUUAGAAAUUGAAUAAAAAGAAUUGAUUAAUUAUAAAAA